AUGGAUAUCUCCAGCUACUUGGCUGUAGGUGGUUGGUUCAUCCAAGUUAUCUUCGACAAGUACCUGUCCUACCAGCUCCGGCGAUGGGCGGCCGACUGUGGCAUCGAGCAUGAGCUGGACAGGCUUCGUGUUGCUUUGCUUCGCACGCAGUCACUUCUCCAUGGUGCUGAGCUGGUGCCGACACUCUCCUACAGCUCUCUUCCUUGGAUGCGAGAGCUCCGAGAUGUCAUGUAUCAUGCAGAGGAUCUCCUAGACAAGCUUGAGUACAACCGUCUCCAUCAUGAAAUGGAAGAAUCAAGUGCAAACGAGAGCAGCAGUAGCCCAAUCAGCGCCUUCAUGCUCUCCCGGUUUCACAACCAAGGUACCCCUUCUAGCCUGGAACCAUGUUGGGAUAGAUCAACAAGGGUAAAGAAUAAGAUGGUAAAUCUAUUGGAGCGUAUUGAGCAGGUUACAAAUGGAGUUAGUGAAGUAGUCAGCCUACCCAGGAACAUCAGAAGCAGCAAUCACAACAUCAUGACAAGCUCAAUACCCCACGGGAAACUCAUCGGUCGGGAAUUCGAAGCCCAACAGCUGGUAACCACUCUGAUAAGUUCUCAGGUCGAUAUCCCAGUCUCUGUUGUCUCUAUUGUUGGGGUAGGUGGCAUAGGUAAGACUGCUCUAGCACAGCAUGUGUACAGCAAUGCUAGAAUAACAGAGAACUUUGAUGUGAGAAUGUGGAUCUGUGUUACUUGUCUCUUGGACGAGUUGAGGAUUACAAAAGAAAUGCUGGAGUCAGCUUCCAGCAGUCGGUAUAGGCAUGGUGGCAUAACAAAUUUCAAUAGACUUCAAGCCGCACUGAAGGCAAGGCUUGCUUCAAAACGGUUCCUCCUUGUCUUAGAUGAUGUUUGGAACAAUGACAACAGAACAAUAGCAAUCGAACCAGAGAACUGGCAGAAGCUGCUAGCCCCUCUAAAGGACGGAGCAAAUGGGAGCAAGAUACUUCUGACAACUCGGUCAAGUAUAGUAGCAGAGAUGCUGCAAUCAUCCUAUAUAAUUAGUUUGGAGACCUUGCAAGUUAAUGACUGUUGGUCCCUAGUAAAGACUUCUGUGUUUGAUGAGACAGAACAUACCAUCAACUCAAAAUUGGAGAACAUUGGAAGGAAAAUUGCUGAGACACUCAGUGGUCUUCCUCUUGCCGCAAAGGUGGUAGCUGGACACCUGAAAUGUAAACACAGUGUAGAUGACAUCUUCCCCAGAAACUGGGAAUUUGAAGCGGAGCAGCUGAUUCUGCUGUGGUUAGCACAAGGUUUUGUGCACCCAGAUGGUUGCAGGAGAUUGGAGGACAUUGGGAAAGAAUACAUAAAUGAUCUACGUAAUAAGUCAUUCUUCACGAUACAGAAGAAAGAAUUUGUAAGCUAUUAUGUGAUACCACCUGUAAUUUAUGAGCUUGCAAAAUCAGUUGCAGCUGAAGAAUGCUUCAGAAUAGGAGGUGAUGAAUGGACAAGAAUCCCAUCGUCAGUACGCCAUCUAUCCGUACAUCUAGAUAGCCUUUCAGCACUUGAUGACACAAUCCCAUACAAGAAUCUACACACUCUCAUUUUCCUCCCUAGCAGAACAGUGGCUCCAAUCAAUGAUUCCAUCCCUCCGGUGGCUCUCAAUAACAUAAGAAGCCUCCGUGUGUUGGAUUUAUCCCUGUGCAUGAUGGACAGACUUCCUGAUAGCAUAUCAAAUUGUGUGCAUCUCCGAUGCCUAAAUAUCUCAUCUACUACCAUCAUCACAGUACCAGAAUUCUUGUGCAAACUCUACCACCUACAGGUUCUGAAUUUAUCAGGUUGCAGGCUUGGAAAAUUGCCUUCCAGAAUGAACAACUUGGUCAAUCUACGACAUCUCACAGCAGCUAAUCAGAUUAUUUCAGCCAUAACAGACAUUGGCAGGCUGAAAUACCUUCAGAGGUUGCCAACUUUCAAGGUUACCAGAGAGAGAACACAAAGUAUAGUUCAGCUUGGGUACCUACUAGAACUCCAAGGAUCCCUACAGAUCAGAAACCUUGAGAAUAUUGAUGCUCCAAAUGAGGCAAAGGAAACCAUGCUUUGCAAGAAACGCCAGCUCUCUGUGCUGCAGUUAAUGUGGGCAUCUGAUCGAGAUGAGGUAAAUGGAAAUAGGGAAGAGGAUGUGCUAGAAGCUCUCCAACCGCACGAAAAUCUAAAGAGACUAGACAUCGUGGGUUGGAUGGGAGUCAAAUCCCCUAAUUGGCUCGAGAACGAAUGGCUAAGCAAUCUUGAGCUUAUUUUCCUAAGUGGCUGCAAUGCAUGGGAGCAGCUUCCACCACUUGGUCAGCUUCCCUCCAUCCGAAUAAUCUGGUUGCAGCGUUUGAAAAUGUUGAGGCAGAUAGGCCCAGAGGCAUAUGGCAGUGGCAGCCAAAUGGAGACAUUCCAGUCACUAGAAGAGCUGGUGCUUGAUGACAUGCCAGAACUCAAUGAGUGGUUAUGGAGUGACCAGACAAUGAGGAAUCUACAGAACGUUGUGAUCAAGGACUGCAAUAAGCUCAAAGCGCUGCCUCCAGUACCUCCUAACCUUACAGAGAUAACAAUUGCAGGGAAAGGGUAUUGGGUGCCAUACCACCAUGAUGUAAAGUCGGCACGCAGGUCCAGUGUCUCAUCUCUUUGCAUAUUCAAUUGCCCCUUGUUACUUGCCAGAUUAUCUGCACAAAUGAACACAGAAAUAAUUGCAAGGUUUAGGUCACUUAGAAGCAUUAUCACUGAUCAAAUGACAAUACUAAGGUGUUCUCUUUUAGAAGAUAGGCUUGAGAUCAUUGAGAGCCUAGACAUCCAAGAUUGCUAA